AUUCAUAAAAUUAAUAACAACUAUAUGCGAUAAUUUUUUACACUAAUAUUAUUAAAUAUUUCAAACUUAAAUAAUCAUAAUUAAACUAUUUUAUAUUAAAUGAAUUAUUACAACAACCGAUCACCUAACCUAGUUUGAAAAUAUUAACAUACAAUUAAUCAUACACGUGCGAAGGGUAAUUAACUAGUUUAUAAAUAGCUAGAUUGAACUGUGUCAUCAUUCAUCAAUAAUUGCGAAGACUUAAAUUCAGCUCACAAUUACUAAUUUCGUAGACGCAGCCAUGGGAGAGGUUGAUCCGGCUUUCAUCCAAGAUCCCGAGCACAGGCCUAGGCUGGUGGUAAUCGAAGGGGAGGGCAUACCACUCAUUGACCUUUCACCAGCAAUAAGCACCUCCGAGAGACUCGCGAGAGAGAUCGGUGGCGCGUGUAGCGAGUGGGGAUUCUUUCAGGUGAUCAAUCACGGGGUACCACUGGAGUGUCGACAGAAACUGGAGUCGGCAGCGAGGAAGUUUUUUGGUCAGGAUGUGGAGGAGAAGAGGAAGGUGAGGAGGAACGAGACGAGUGUUUUGGGUUACUUUGAUGCAGAAAACACCAAGAACGUCAGGGACUGGAAGGAGGUGUUUGACGUGGCAGUACAGGAGCCCACGGUGGUCCCUGUUUCCACUGAUCCCGCGGACGACCGAGUCGUUGAGUGGUUCAAUCGCUGGCCUCUCUACCCAUCGGAGUUAAGAGAAGCAUGUGAGGAAUAUAGUAGAGAAGUGGAAAAACUAGCUCACAAGAUGCUGGAACUUAUUGCUCUGAGUCUAGGCUUGGCAGCAAAUAGUCUGAAUGUGUACUUCAAAGACCAUCAAACUACAUUCAUGAGACUCAAUCACUACCCUCCUUGUCCCUCUCCUACCUUGGCACUUGGUGUGGGUCGCCAUAAGGAUGGUGGGGCCUUAACUGUUCUAGCUCAAGAUGAGGUUGGAGGAUUGGAAGUUAGGAAGAAAUCAGAUGGAGAAUGGAUUCGGGUCAAACCCACCCCCGGUGCUUUUAUCAUCAAUGUUGGGGACAUUGUACAGGUUUGGAGUAAUGACAAAUACGAGAGCGUGGAACACAGGGUGAUGGUAAACUCAGAGAAGGAAAGAUUUUCAAUUGCAUUUUUUUUAAACCCUGCACACUACACUGUUGUCAAGCCCUUGGAUGAGCUGAUUGAUGAGAACAAUGCCCCUAAAUUUAAGUCGUACAAUUGGGGCAAGUUUAUGACGCAUAGAAAAGACAGUGCUUUCACCAAACAAAAUGUUGAAAAUAUCCAAACUCAUCAUUUCCGCAUGCAGGAGUAAAAUAUACCUAUAUACUACAAUUUAUAUUUAUGUACUGUGUAUAUUUAAGUGUAAUAUAUACAGAGGUGUUGUAUAUAUAUUGAAAAUAAAUUGUCUUCUGAACACAGUUCAACAUGUAUAUGGGUGGGACAAGUUUAAUGAUCAGUUCUUACAAAGGUGUUGUCGAACCACUACUAGUGAGUCAGUUAGGUUCAAAAUGUUGUAAAAGAAAUUAAAUUAAUGAGUGUUGAUAUAAAGUGUAAUGGUAAUGGUAAUAAGAAUAGUGAUGGAAUGUAAUGGUAAUAUUAUUAAUGUGUUUGGUUUAUUUUGUAAUGAAUAUCUUUAUAUAUAAAGUGUGUUUAUUUAAC